AUGCCUCCUUCAGCACAAACGACAAGAUUAGUGUCAACACUACGCCUCCUUAUCCCGCGUCUCCGCCUCUCGCAGAAGAAGGACAACGCCUCCUCUGUCGUCCAACGCCGCGAGCUCUCCCAACUCCUUAGCGAAGGACGCGAUGCCUCCGCACGCAUCCGUGUCGAAAAUGUGAUCGCGACCGAUAUUGCCGUGGAAGCCAUGGAGAUGGUGGAAUUGUACUGCGAGUUAUUACUUGCGCGCGCCAAUGUGCUAGACCAGCUCGCGUUCGGAGAGAAGGGUACCCGCGCCAGAUUGCGCGCCAAGGAACUACACAAGCGACAAACACAAGCUUCAAAUGCGGCAUCGACUUCUACGGCAGCGAAACCAGUAGAAAGCACUGGGUCCCGAUUCGGGUUCUCGUGGCUAGGAGGAUCGCAAAAGAAGGAGGCCCCGAUCGCAUCUGGCGGUACCGAAGAUAUCGUGCUAUCGGAGGAAGAGAAUGCCUACAUGGAUACUGCAUUAGACGAAGCUGCUGUUGUUAUCUUCUACGCCUGGCAUCGGUUCCCUCAUGAGCUGCGCGAAUUGACGAUGCUUCGGACUAUGCUCGGAGAGCGAUAUGGCAAGGAGUUCAUGGCGCUGGCACAAGAAAACAAAAUCGAUUCAGUCAAAGUUCCUGAUCGGCUUCUCAGGGCAUUGCGAGUUCGUCCACCAGGACAGGAACUUGUCGAGAGCUACUUACAAGAAAUUGCGAAAGCAUACGGGGUUGCAUGGGGAGUGAGCGAAGAGCCCGAGGUGCAGCAGGCGCUUGGCGAUGCACCACCAGAGUUCGUCGAUGACCAAGAUGAAAGUGGUGAUCUUCCACAGACACCGAGUAAACAACGAGAUCAGCCCAGCUUUUCUGAAGCACGGCGGGCAUCCGAGACUAGCGAAUUGAACAAAGCCACGCCUCCUCGCGGUCUUGCUACAGGCCGCAGUCCAGUCAGUGUAGCACCACCUGCUCCUAGAACGGACAAUCCAAAUCCCCGGGUCAAAGUGCCCGGUGAGGAGAAGGGGAUCAAUCCUCCCAAACAGGAAUCCGCCGCUCCCGCAAAAAGCAAUAAUGGAAUCCCCGAGUUGGACGAGUUGACCAGGCGGUUUGCAGACCUGAAGAGAAAGCCUUGA